AUGUCUCAAGGACUUGUUCAGAAUUAUACUUAUAUUGCUGCUCAUUUUAAAGAAUACAUUGAUGAGGAUAAGGCUCUUGACAUUUUUGAACUAGAAGACAUCGGAAAGAUCUUAAACGAAGCAAUGUUAUCUCCGAAUGACUUCAAUAAACUUCUUCAGCAAUUAUCAUCCAAAUUUAGCGCAAUACAAAUAUACAAAUACACCCGAAAUGCUACAAUUCCUAUUAAUAGUCUUCAAGAUUCAAUAUCAACACUAAAAUCAAUUCAAAAAUACAUGAAGCUAAGAUUGAUCGAUGGUGUAAUUGACCAUAUGAAUUAUAUACAGAACGAAAUGUCGAAUUAUACAAAGAAGCUUGAAAAAUUUCAAUCAGAGUUAAAUAUGGUCCAAACCCAAAACCAAAACUAUGAAAAAGAAAUACAAUCUCUUAAAUACCAAAUUGAAGAUAAAAAAAGAGAAAUUUCUGAAAUUAAAGAUGAAAAUGAUAUUCCAAAAGUAAUUUUAUCAAAAAUUACUGAACUAAAGAAUUCAGAUGAUUUCGAAAGUAUUUACAACUUUGUUGACGGACUUUCAGGAAUAGGAAAUCAAAAAAUGAUGGAAAAAGCAUAUGAAGAAGGUCUUUGGCAAAAGAUAAACAAAAAAUUAUGA